AUGUUUCAACAUUUACUUACAUUCUAUUGCUUGGUGACAUUUGUGUUAGGAGAAAUCAGAGGCGUCAGUCCAGAGAAUCAAGAUUUGUACAAGCCUAUUAUUGAAAAUGGUAAACAAUAUUGGCGGUGCUUGAACGAUUCUUCAAUUCGUUUAACCUAUGACCAAAUUAACGAUAACUUCUGUGAUUGUCCUGAUGGAUCUGACGAACCAGGUACUAAUGCUUGUCCUAAUCCACCAUUUAAAUUCUAUUGUGCAAACAAAGGUCAUUUCCCUAAUUUUAUUGAUCAAUUUAAAGUAGAUGACGGGGUUUGUGAUUAUGAUAUUUGUUGCGAUGGAUCUGAUGAACAAGGCAUUUGUGAAGAUAAAUGUGAAAACAUCCAUCAUCAAUAUGAACAGUACAAAAACCAACUUGAAAGUUUCAUUAAUGAUGCAUUGAAAAAGAAACAAGCCCUAAUUGAAUUAGCUCAAGGAAAAAGAAAACAAUUGGUGAAUGAAUUACGAAAAUUGGAAGCUGUAUUACCACUGAGAAAAUCCCAUUUGUAUGAGUUGGAAGUCCAAUUAGAGAAUAGCAAUGAACAAGAAACAUCCGUGUUUGAUGUAUUAGGAGACCAUAUUAGUGAUCUCGCCAACAAAUUAGAAGUCCAUAAAAGGGAUCUAUUGAAACAGGAGAGUAGAAUUCAAUCUUUAGAAAAGCUUUUGGAAAAAUUAUCACAGGAAUAUAAUCCAAAUUUCAAUGAUCCUGCAGUCAAAGAAUCAAUUCACAAAUAUCAGGAAUAUUUAUCGAAUAAAGACGAGGACGUUGUUGAAGACAUCAAAGAAACCAACGCUAUACUUCUGGAGUUAUCAGAAAAAGCCAAGAGUUUAGUUGGUAAUAGUGAAAACAUAUAUUCACAACCAACCAUUAGAAACAUGAUUCAUCACUACUUUCAGCUUUUUACAAACACGUUUUUGACAAAACCACAACUACAAGUCAAAACAACAUUGUCAAAUGAUCAAUUACUAAACCAGAUUGAUAAACAAAAACAGGAAAUCAACAAGAUUGAAUCCAAAAUUGAUGAUAUUAAGAAGAAUUUAAGUAACGACUAUGGCUCUGAUGAUAUUUUGAGAGCAUUUGAUCUGGCUAUAAUUAACAAAAAAUUAGGAGCAUAUACCUACAGAAUCAACCUUUUACACUCGGUGGUCCAGGAUGAUGUGUUGAUUGGCAAUUACAAAAAGUAUGAGAACGGAAUGAUAUAUUUUGAUAGAGGAGCCAAAUGUUGGAAUGGUCCACAAAGAUCGGCAGUAAUUGAAUUCGAAUGUGGCAAGGGACCAGAAUUAGUUUCAGUCGGUGAACCAGAGAAAUGUAGCUACAAGUUUAUCAUCAAAGGAGAAGCAUGGUGUCACCCAAUCACUGAACAGGAAAUACAAAAUAGAUUUAGAAUAAAUUAUGAAUUACUAUAG